AUGGCAUUCAGCAUGUGGAGGGACUACCUAGGCCUGAGUGCCACCAUCCAGGCCAGCCAGAUCUCAGCAGCAGGUGCCAGCAGCCAGGAAGGUCCUAGCACUUUACCACCACCAUGCCAGGAGAAGCCUUUGCCAGCAGCAAGUCUGCCAGGCAGAGGAGAAAAGACGCAGAGGAGAUGCCAGCCGCCAAUGCCCCCCGAGGCUCCUGAAUGUCAAGAUCGCCACCCUGACACCCUAAGGAGGAACCGUAAUGUUUCGGCGUGCGCCUUCUGCAAGCACAAUGGGGAGUCACUGGAGUUUUACACUGGCCACAGCCUGAAGGACAACACUGGGAAGGUGGCAUGCCCGGUCCUGAGGAGCUAUGUGUGCCCACAGUGCGGGGCCACAGGGGACAGGGCCCACACCAGGAGAUUCUGCCCUUUGACCAAGGACACUUACACCUCUGUGUACCACUCCUUCACCAGGAACCCUGAUGGCAGAAAGACCAACUAG